CUGGAGCAGGCUGGUAUAGUCUACAAGAGCCUACACCGAGAAGUUAACCCACAUUUUGAACGUUUAUUUAAAGACUAUCAAGUAAUCUUUAAAAAGAGACAACGGUCGCCGAAACAACUAACCCGACAUUUAUUUAUUAAACGUCAGCAGGAUCAAGCUAGUUCACGCACUUAUUUCUCGAACAAGCAGCUUCAGAAACAAACAGAGCGAGGAGCAGAAAGUGACUUUUGUUGGGACUGGAAAUAUGAAUACGGACAUCGAGGAGCAGGAAGACGAACUGCUCGCCUUGGAGAGUAUUUUUAAUUCGGAGGAGUUUGUUCGAGAUGAGUCAAAGUCUGCCGGAGAAAUCAGAGCGUGUGUUGAGCUGCCUGCAGACUUCCACGUGCUUUUGAAAGAAGGACACACCCUGAGGCAGUAUGAGAUAUCAUUCCUUCCACCUCUGCUGCUGACCUUUGAACUCCCUGAGGACUACCCAUCCUGCUCCCCCCCCCUCUUCGCCCUCUCCUGCAGCUGGUUGACACACACUCAGCUCUCUACACUGUCUGCUCAGCUGACUGACCUCUACCUGGCCACCGGAGGCGCUGUGGUGCUCUUCUCCUGGGUACAGUUUCUUAAAGAAGAUGCUCUUCAGUUCCUCGACAUCCAUACUCUGCUGGAGCUCCCCUCUGACGAACACAGUACCCAGGACCCAUUAAAUGCUGCACUCUUGGAACCAAAGAACAAUCAACCCAAUCCAAAGUCAGGAACUCCAGUUUCUAAUGUGUCAGAUUCAUGUAAACCACACCUUCCUGCACUAUCCUUGGAAGAUGAGAAUCCAAGAGUGUUCCUUACAGAUGGCCAUGACCCCUCAUACACUAAGCGAGCUGUGAACCUGAUCCAAAACCCUUCUAAGGAUUCUGACCAAAAUGCACAAGCCUCAGAUGCUAGUGAGGCUAAACAGAGCUCAGAGUUUAUGGCUGAUCACCAGAAUGAUCUGUCCUCAGCCACAGGCAAGUUGAAACAUGGCCCCGACGACUUCCUGAAUGAAGAGGAUGUUUCAGCCUUAUUAAUACUUCCCUCUAACCCCUUAGAACCACUGGAUCAAAGUGAACAAGGAGCUGCUUCUUUGCCAGCCCACUCCUCAGAAUCCCCUCAGAAUGAAGACCGAAUGCUCUCUGGUCUCUCUCUCACUCCGUCACAAACUCUCCUCUCCCAGCUCUUGAUCCAUAAUGUGGCUCAGAAAAAGAAAAUAUUUGCCACCACCGUGUUUGACUGUGGCGUGUGCUUUGAGGGCUGGCUCGGUUCGGACUGUGUGCAGCUGCCAGAGUGUGGCCACAUUUUCUGUCGGGCCUGUCUCGGCAAGUUCUGCAAGCUCCAGAUAAAAGAGGGGAACGUCCGAGGUGUCACCUGUCCUGAGGCUGACUGCCCUGCCACCCCUGCACCUGCACAGGUGAAGAGUCUGGUAGGGGAGGAGCUGUUCGGCCGCUAUGAUCAUCUCCUUCUACAGUCAACUCUGGACUGCAUGGCUGAUGUCGUGUACUGCCCUCGGACUUCCUGUGGUUCAGCCGUCAUUGUGGAGAAGUCAAACAGUGCAGCCCUGUGCUCUGUGUGCGGCUUUGCUUUCUGCGUCACCUGCAGGAAGACCUACCAUGGAACAUAUGAGUGCGGGGCGAAGGACAGCACAAAAAUACAGCAAGUACAGCAAGGCACUGCAAACCUGCCACAGUCACAAGAGGGGCUGAUGGCUCUCUGGGACGACUAUGCCAGCGGCAGUAGGCAGAGGCAGCGCCUCCUGGAGAACAGAUACGGCCGCAUUGUAAUGAGGAACACUGUGGAAAGCUAUCUGAGUGAAGACUGGAUUGUCCUUAACAGCAAGAACUGUCCUCACUGCUUCUGCAGAAUACAGAAGGACAGAGGAUGUAAUGUGAUGACAUGCUCUAAGUGCCUGAAUAGGUUCUGCUGGGUCUGCCUCAACAGACUACAAUUACGUCCAAUGGAACACUUUGUGGACAGUCGCUGCACUGUCUACAACACGUAACCCACCCAGCUGCCUUCCCUGCCAGAGAGAUGUAGCCCAUGGUAUGCCGUGUUUGAAUCAUUUUAUUUGAUAAUGCACAUAAAUGCUGAUUUUAAAAUAGGGCAAACAUUUAUAAAAAUGUGGAGUAUGUUGCCAAAAAAACAUGAGAAAUCGCCAGUAUUGGAAAAAUGUACCCUAUAGUAAAAUUAAAUGAUAUAUUUAUAUACAGUGUAUAUAUAUUAUUGUAUAACAUUUUAGAAUUAUAAAUGUAAAUACCAAAGUAAGUAACUUCCUCUAAACUUUACUCAAGGACAUUUCUUGAUCAAAUGUAUUAUUAUCUGUAUGGGCUUUAUGUAAUGUUGCUACAGAGGGGCAACCAAAGUAAUUUAUUGUUAAUUCAUACAAAAAAAGCUAAAAUCUCUCAUAAUUAAUUUAAUAAAUAAAUGAAUAUAACUAAUUUGCAAUCAUUCACAAAAUCAGAACUCUGUCUUACUGUGUCUGACCAACAGAGGGUGCUAAAUAACAAGAAUGCAACAACAACAACAACAACAACAACAACAACAACAACAACGGCUUGGGGACACUUUAACGUUUGCUCUUUUGUUAAAUCUGUAAAAUGCAGCUUUCUGAAAACAUGCUUUAUCAUUAUGUAUUUAAUAAUAAACUAACAAUACAUUGCUGCAUGCAUGUUUGCAGCUCUGAAUUCAAAUAUGAAUAUUAUAUGAAAGGAAAUCGCUGAGUGGGCUUUUUCUUUUUAUCAUAUCAGAGUUCAUUCCUCAAGCAUAAUUUCUUCCACAGUUACAAAUAUUGAACGUAGUGGUUCUGCAACAUUUUCAUCAUUCUACCACAUAUUUUCUUCAACAACGGACUAAUUGUUUCCCAAUCCUGUGGAGACACUUUUGAAUGUCUUGUUUUGUUGGAAGAAGAGUCCAAAAUCUAAACAUAUUCAUAUCCAAACAUAUUCUCUUCCACACAUAUCACACUAAGAAAACAAGUAGACUUUCACAUUUAACCAGUAAUACUCUGCUCUCUGCUCUACUUUCUAUGGAUUAGCUAUUCAUUUUCAAGUAAUCCAUGUAGCUCCAUAGCAACUCACUUUUUAAACCCUUUCGUGUUAUAGCUGGGUAUUUAAGUCUAUUUAUACAUUUGAUGUCUUAUGUAAUUAAUUGUUCUUCAAGUGUUUAAGCCAUCCAUUUACUUUACCGCUAUAAUGUAAUGAAGCUAAGAGACUAAAGUUUGCAGUGGAAAAAUGAUUAUUUUCCAUACAUGUGCCUGUCAAGAGCUGCUCACUUGAUAGCGUUUCUGUAUGUUUGCAAUGCAUGAUUGCACUUUGUAUGCGACAUCUGCUUAAAAGGGAAUACUAUAUUUAUUCCAUGGGAGUACUUGACGUUUGAUUUUGUUGUUUAUUUACUGUAUGUACGGCUGAUGUGACACGCAAACUUCUCAACCAGUAUAAAUAAAAUCGAAUGAUUUUGAGUAAAUAAUGUUAUAGUAACUUUUCCUCACAGAAUCAACACAAUUGUGGAAUAUGUUGCAUUAAACAAAAACAUAAGUUG